GUGUCUGCAUUGUCAGCACUGUCCUGAGAGGCUCCGGCCCGGAGUUGCCCCAGUUACAGGUGCUGUGCUCGGAAGGUCCGGGGCUGGGCUUCUCCGGUUGGCCCCGAGCCCAGCUGGUGGGUACAUUUUGUUCUCGGUCCACCCAUCCUCCUACGGCCUCAUCCAGGCUGCAGUGCUUGUGUGUCACCAGCACAGGGGACUCAGAAGGCUCUUGCUUACCUGCACUGCAGAUGGGGCCACCCUGGAGUCGAGGUGUGCCUGUGUGCCCAGACUCCCAGACCCAGGCAGGACGCCACGGCCCUGCCACUUCCGCCCAUCAGCAUGACAGCCAUCAUUCUAUUCUCUUCUUGCUGCUGUUGUUUGUUGAAGUGUAGGUGACCCACAACACCACGUCAGUUCCAGGCGCGCAGCGUCGUGAUUCGGUUUCCAUGCGCGGCAAAUUGACCCCCUGGAUCAGCGUAGUUACCGUCUGGCCAUCAUCCCAAUUCUUGGUAGCACUCAUCCCGGACUCUUGGAGAAUUGCAACGGGAUGCUGAUAUUCACAAGCCAUCCCGCUGGACACGCUCGCGGCAGCCUCCCCAGUCGCCGCCUGAGGUCGGCCACGGCAUCAGAAGGAACGUGAGUGCUCACACCUCCCGCACUUGACCCAGGGCUUUGGUGCAGGCUGCUGGAGCGUCUUGCUGGUUCUGGAUUCUGAAUACCACGUGUUUCAUACUCAUCACCCCAGAGCCUUUGACUCAGGGCACUAUCCUAGGAAUAGAGGAAUGUUCCAGAAUGCUGAACUGAGUCUUCAGUUAGGAGGCUACAUAGCAGCUACGCAGUGGAGCUCAGGACAAAGAGAGACGCAGACUCUUCAGGCUGGGUUGCGGAGGGCCUGGGGAGGGUGGAGACCAGGGGAGGUCAUCCCACAACGCUGAGGAGAGAGGAGGCUGUAGCCAACUGGGCAGGGGGCUAGACAGGACAGUGCCCUCAAAGAUGCCUGGUCCUAACCUUUGAACCUGUGACUAUGCCAGUUUCCACAGCGAGGGUGAGUUAAGGACGCAGAUGGAAUUAAGGUUGCUGACCAGCCGACCUGAGCACAGGGAGUGGGGCCUGGAUGACCUGGAGGGCCCACUGUCCUCACAGGGUCCUUAACUGUUAGUGGGAGAGGGAGGCAGGGAGGGGGCUCCGGAAGACGGGAAAGGGGGAAAUGGAUCCUCUCCUAGAGCCAUGGGAAGGAACGCAGCCCGGGAGACCCAUGGCAGACCUCUGACCCCCAGAACCAUAGGAUCAUAAGUCUGUGUGGUUUCGCCCACUACAUUUAAGGCCGUUUGUCACAGCAGCGACAGGAAACUCACACAGGAUACGUCGGGUUCAGGUACCCCGGGCUCUCAGGGUUAGGGGUUAAGCCAGACUGCAGUCUGGCUUGAAGCAGAUUUCAGUUUUGAAGUUGGAAUGUUGGACACAUAAAGGAGAGCUGUCUCUGAUGUCAGAUUGGAGCCCAGAGUUACUACAGCAGGGAGAUGUUCAUUAUCCGUGUGGAAAAAGAUGAUGUUGGGUCCCUACUUCACAGCACGCUGAACAGCAACUGCCCCUGAGUCUGGGUCCUGCCGAAGCCUCCAGGGAUGUGUGCUGCAGUUUCUUUUGUCAUGAAGUUAGGAUGCCAGGCAUCCACGUGAGCCAGUGAGAGCUUCUAAGGUGCAUGAAGCUUUCAAAACCCCAGUGGUGAGAAUGCCGUCGUCAGUGGGAAAGAAAGCCCAGCUAAGAACUGAAAGGGGCUUUAACAGAAGUGUGUGCCCGUGUUCACAGCAGCACUGUUUACAGUAGCCAAAAGGUGGCAUCAUCCAAGAGUCCAUGCUGGAUGGACGGACGGACGGAUGGAUGGAUAAACACAAUGUGGUCCAUCCAUCCAACGGAGGCUUAUUCGGCCUUCGAAAGGAAGGAACUAGCAUGUGGAUGAACUCUGAGGAUGUUCUGGAAGGAAAGUCCAACACACACUGUAAAGUGGAUGAACCUGGAGGAUUUUACGCCAAGUGAAAUAAACCUGUCACUAAAGGACAAAUACUGUAGGAUUCCACGGAAGAAAUCAAGGUGGGAAGGAGCAGAAGCAUACAACGAGCUCCAAGAGAUCUGCUCAACGGAGACCCAAGAGUGCUCGAGCAGAUGGCCCAAAACCAAAUCGAAGAUGCAGUUUUUAAAGAAAGGUUCCCGCAGUGAGGAGGAGCACCACGCCCCUGCUGUGUGUCAGGAAGAACGUUCUAAAGACAUCUCACAGUUGGUCCAAGAGGGCCGGUUCCUGGAAGCCUGUGAGACCAUCUCACGGUCGGCAGUGGAAAAGCAGGACUGUGGCUCCCAGUACCAGGCCGUGGCCCAGGGCAUGUGGCAGGUCGUCCAGGAGGCCCUGUCAGGCAGCGAGAGGAGCCGGCAGCUGCAGCCAAAGCUCCAGUCGGUGAUGGCAGCUGUGAACUGGGCCGAGAACUUCGAGGGACCAAAGCCCAGCACCCUCCAGGGGGGUGGCCUGGCGGCCUGGGACAGUCAGCUGCAGAGCCUGCUGAGGAAGGACGCCGAGGCCCGGCUGCCCAGCCCUGUCUCCGGGGCCGAGCUGAGCGGGUACCUGGAGGAGCUGGGCAAGGCUGUGGAACAUGUCCUGGGGCCCCAGCUGGAGGGCCGGCUGGGGGUCUGCUUCUUGGCCCUCUACAGAGUGUGCUUCCAGGAGGUCCUCUGCAGCCACCUCUCUGUGCUCCUGUCCUCCAGUGGUGAAGACCGGAAAAACUAUUACAAGCUGUACACCUGGGGCAGGGCCACCUUGUUUGGGCACAGGGAGAUGCGUCAGAAGGCACCUCCCGCCUCCAAGGAGCCCACAGCUGCCAGGAGACUCUUGGACCCAGUGAUGUUUGUUACCUGGAUGUUCCAGGUGCAGGAGAAGCUGCUGGAGCUGAUCCAGAAAGAGUUGAAAGACAAACUAGAACGAGUCCUGAUCUGUGAUCGGAGAAGUCAGGCCGAGGCUUCCUACAAAACGUUCCUCGAAAUCUUCCAGCUGUUGAACGAAACCAUAGUUGUGGGCCGGGACAUCGGACCACCCAUCAGCAGCCGGGUUCGAAUCAUGGUUGUGGGAACAUUUUUGGAGUUUCUGAACCGAUACCAGGAGGAGGGUGCUCCGAGCUUCAUCCAGCUGCAUGCCAGUGCCGGGACCUUCCCCCAGCUGCACGUGCUGGAAAACUGCUGCAUUCUCAGGAAAACAUGGGAGGCUCUGGUCCAGGAAGGCCCGGUGCAAGGCAUCAUCAACAGCAUUGAGGUCUGGAGCCAGGAUGACCUGCUGUCCAGGGUCAGAGCCCUGUUCCAGAGUCUGCUGGAGCAUCACUUUUCGACGAGGAAUGAUGAUCUGGUCCAAGCUCUGCAGUCCCUGCAGCAGGCCCUGAAGGGCUGCUCCAACAUGCACAGCACUCCCACAUACAAGGUCCUUGUGAAAAGUCUGUACAUGGUGGUUUUGGGGGAGUAUGUCUAUGCCCUGGUCACCUAUCUCAAGACGCUGGAGCCUGGGGUGUGGGCGGACCACGAGGGUCAGGUGAAGAAGGAAGUCUUGGAGCUGGACACAAUUUUCGGGGAGCGGGAGCAGGACGUGGGUGACAGAAUGCCCUGCUGGGAGACCAUCAAGGACAUCUUCCAGCUCAGACAGAACAGGGGCAGAGAGUCUCUGCAUGAAUGGCUGGCCUCCUUCAGAGACAAGUUCCCGGGUUAUGUGAGAGAGGACCAGCCACGUAGUUCCAGCGACUCGGACAAGAGAAGCUGUUGCUGUCUCCAGCUUUGGACAAGUGCCUGGUGGCGUGCUUGCUGCCCCAAAUGGAGGUGGAGCUGAGCCCCUCUCAGGGCUGUGGAGGUUGUGUGGCCCUGACCAGCUAAGGCAGAGGAUUGGAAUGUUCCUGGCCACUUCACAAAUGGCAGCCUGAUAUGGAGAAGGAAGCCAGUCUUUCUCAAGUCUGGACUCUUCUACCAGAAGGAAUCUUGAUACCAGACACCAGGAAUACUCUGUGGUCCACCCAAAAGAACAGGAGGACAAUGGGGAUGGCCAGGGACAGAUCAAGACACUCCUGGAUGAGUCCCACCAUCCUGGCUGUGUCGUUCCUUUCUUGUGUAUGUAACAGCUUUAUUGAGAUAUAUAUAUAUUUUUUAAACAUUUGUUUAUUGACUUAUAGUCAUUUUACAAUGUUGUGUCAAAUUCCAGUGUAGAGCACAGUUUUUCAUUUAUACAUGAACAUGCAUAUAUUCAUUGUCACACUUUUUUUCGCUGUGAGCUACCACAAGAUCUUGUAUGUAUUUCCCUGUGCUAUACAGUAGAAUCUUGUUUAUCUGUUCUACAUUUUGAAAUCCCAGUCUGUCCCUUCCCACACCCCGCCCCCUUGGCAACCACAAGUUUGUAUUUUAUGUCUGUGAGUCUGUUUCUGAUUUGUAUUUAUGUUCUUUUUUUUUUUUUUUUUUUACAUUCCUCAUAUAAGUGAUCUCAUGUGGCAUUUUUCUUUCUCUUUCUGGCUUGCUUCACUUAGAAUAACAUUCUCCAGGAACAUCCAUGUUGCUGCAAAUGGCAUUAUGUUGUCAGUUUUUAUAGCUGAGUAGUAUUCCAUUGUAUAAAUAUACCACAUCUUCUUUAUCCAGCCAUCUGUUGACAGAGAUGCAUUUCAUAUACCUUGCAAUCCACCAACUUAAGUUUAAUGUACCAUUCAGUGGUUUCUAGUAUAUUCACAAAGUUGUGCAAUCAUCAACACAGACAACAUUAGAACAUUUUCAUAACCCUUGAAAGAGACCCUGUACCUUCAGCUAUUGCCCCAAACUGCUUUUCCCCAUGUUACCCCAGCCCUAGACAAUCACUACCCUACUUUAAUAUCUAUGUAGACAUGCAUGUUCUAGACAUGUCACACAAGAUCAAUUAUAUAAGUGAAUGAAUUAUAUACCUUUUGUGAUCAGCUUUUUUCACUCAGCAUCUUGUUUCAAGGUUCAUCAAUGUUGCGACUUGCAUUGAUAUGCCAUCCUUUUUAUAGCUGAAUAAUAUUCUAUUUUAUGGAUAGUGCGCAUUUUGUUUAUUCAAACAUCUGUUGAUGGGCAUUUGCGUUGUUUCCACUUUGGGGCUGUGAUGAAUAAUGCUGCUUUUAACAUUUGUGUACACAUUUUUGUGCAGACCUUAGGAGUGGAAUUCUACUUAGGAGUGGAAUUCCUGGGUCAAAUGGUAACUCCAUUUAACUUUUUCAGAAACUGUAGUCUAUUUUGCCAAAAUGGCUGUACCAUUUUACAUUCCCACCAGUGAUGUAUGAGCUCCUCCAAGGAUCUAAGUAACAUACUCUAAAACUGAAGGAUUAUGCCCCCAGGCGGCUGUCACUGUGAAAAUAGAGAAUACCAGAUGGGGAGGCACCACAAAGUCAAGAUCAGAGAGCAGCUUCUUUUAACCAGAGGGGAGGGUGGGGAGCUGGAGGUGGGGCUGCUGGGAGGAGUCCCUCACCACAUACCCAGGGGCCCCACCAUCAGCAGAAAAUAAAAAUGGUCCUUACUUAAACCCACACUGAGGUCUCGGUUUCAAAAUCCUUACGUGGAGAACCGGGGCGCUCAGCAGUUUCCACGGGUUUUAUAGCCAUGCUUUUGCCUAGGUUUUCCAGUUCUUAAUAACGGCCAAAUGCAAGCGUAAACAUUCUAAAACCGAGUUCCUUAAGCAGUUUCCAUACUUGUCCUCUUUAAACGCUCAAGUUCAGCAUUACCCACCCGGGAGGGCUCUUUGAGGAGGGGUUUGACGGAGAACACACGGCACCUCCUCCUGGUGACUGAUAGUAUUUGCAUAGUCCUUCUCUCCUGGUGGUGCUUGCAUUAGUUGACGUCUUGCUUCUGAGUCUUCUCUGAGGUUCAGAAGACACCAAAGGCAGCCAGGCAGGCUCUUGUGCUGUCGAGACGGGCUCAUCUUCCGGGUGCGAUGCGUCCUUACGCCCAGCGCUCUGGGAAUCACAGCUACGCUGAAGUAGAUGGCAGCCUGGCACUUCAGUCUCCCUCACAGCCUGGAAUUGCAAUAUUCUGGAUAUCGCUGUUGUUUCACAUUUUUAUGUAUAUAGUGUGACAUACUUAGUAUGUCUGUAUUUCUGCAUGUUAAACUGAGUGCAAAUUAAAUGGUUUUUCAUUUUCUGUUCCUGCA